AUGGCCAGUCUCCCCUCGGCAGGCAUCAUGACCUUUGGUGGGUUCACCAACCCUCGCACCGCCGCCACCACAACGACCUCGUCGCCCACAUCAACCAUCAACCCUCUAUCCGCAACCCCCACGCCCGACUUUGCCUACGUCUCCUAUGUCCCCUCCAAAUCACCCAUCAGUGUGCGGGUAUGCGAAGGCGCACACGACGGGCUGAACCGCGGUGACAAGUGCGCCGUCGUAUACAUUGUCAACCUCAAGUGCUGGCGGUGCUUGUACUGUUCCCUGAGCUCUUAUUAG